AUGCUGUGGGUGAAACGUCACCACGUCGUUCCUUCCUUCCCCACCACCACCAUCCGAUGCCCAUCCACCGUCGCUCACCACCGCGACAAACCACGACCGCCCAAAUCAACGACGACGAGACGCCAACGACGCCGACGACACACGACGACAGACAACGUCGUCACGGACCACCCGCGACCAUUGACGAGUGCCGAGGAUGCGAAGACGACGUGGCAGAUGUGCCACGUCGUCUGGACAGUGACGACGCAUGCCGUCGUCACUGUCCAACCUGAUCAGCACGACACCGAGGACGGUGCCACGUCACGCCGCAACCAUGAGCGCCCACCAACGUCAAUGCCCACCCACGAAGAUGAGCGCCCACGACACGACAACGACCAAAUCCCCACACCCACGAAUGACGCCCACCGCCCCACACGACCCCACCGCCCACGAACGCCCACCCACGACAAUGAAUGCCCACGAGCGUCCACGACACGACAACGAACGCCCAUGCACGACAACGAACGCCCGCGCACGACAACGAACGCCCACGAGCGACGACACGAAGACAACGCGAUGACACGAAGACGACGCGAUGACACGAAGACGACGCGACCACCCACGAAGACGACGCGACCGCCCACGCCACGACCGCCCACGCCAAAACGAGCCCACCGCCCACAAACGUGGACCCAGAGCACCCACGCAUGGAGGAUUCCGCUCGCGUGA